AUGGGUAUCCACCCACGCGACGCUCCCCGAGCCGCGGCGACGCUUCAAACACACCGUCGACGCGCCGUGAAGAGGGCUCGCCGGCUCCAGUUAACUCUCCGAGUCAUCGCGAUCAAGAGCGCCCUGCGCGCACAUCUCCUGCGCGCGCUCCGAGACGUCUCACCACUUCGCGCGCUGCGCCACCGAGGGAGGAGCCGCGAGCUGCGCGAGCUCACUGAGCCACGGUACUCGUCGCUCCGUGCGGAAGACGUGCCCCUGGGCCCCGUCAUCUCCAACCCUUUGGACGAAGCUCAGUCCGAGGAGCGCCCAGAGCGGCGGCCUCUGCUGAACCCCAGCACUGCCGACUACGGCUUCCGGCCUCGCGACCCCGCGGAGGCUUGUCGCCAGGCGUUCCAGCAGUCUCUCGCGCUGCACGCCAUUGGGCCCGCAGCCCGUACUCCGGAGGAGCUCGCACUGCGUACGUCUCUGCGAGAGCGACUCCUCACUCCACAGUCUACGACUGUCGCGGAGUAUCGCGAGAGGUUGCGGCUGCAAGCCCAGCAGAAGUCCGUGCCCGCCAUGCGGACGUACCCGAUGGUACUUCGCCCGGGGGAAGACUCAAUUGA